AUGGGAGGGAUGUCAGUUUUAGGGGCGUCCUCAUCACGGGGGAAUGAGAGGAAGCGGGAGCCAAACGACGGCGGAGAAACCAAACCCAAGAGCCAGAAUAAGGGGGAGCGCCGGCGCGAGAAGAAGGAAAAGCAGGCUUUCGUUGCGGGCCCGCCGGCGGCUAGCUUCAAGCUCAAGAGGGGAGUUUCUGGGGGACUGUUGGAACUGCGGAAAUUAGGGCAUCGACGAUCUGACUGCCGGGAGAAACCAAAGGAGGGGCGGGACCCGGGAGCCGUCUGCGCACAGUGCGGGCGGAAGGACUCCCACAAAAGCCAUGAAUGCUGGGAGAAGUUCCCGGAAAAGCGCCCAGAAACGUGGAAGAAGAGGGACGCUGAGGAGGACUCUAGAGAGGAGGACGACCAGUGGAGCCCCUUCAUGGCGUGGUCAGCAACUGUGAGGGGAGCGUCGGCGCAUCUAAGGGCCCAGGCGGUAAUGGCAGACGAGGGGCUGCAGUUGCGUCCCAGCACGCAGGCGCAGCCUGACACCAUCCCAGCCGCGCGCGCGCGUGGCGAGGCCGAUCGGCUGGCUGCACGCCCCAAGGAGGACCGCCUGCGCAAGGGAGGUCCACCGCCGCCGUUCAAGCCCAAAGGAGAGCGGCCGCCGAAGGCACCUGAAACCGAGGGGUAG